CAUAAAUACUCCCAAAUUAUUUAUUUCCAAAAAAUUGCAUCAUAUGAAUACAUCCUCGGUAUGAGAGGCAUCAUCCCAUGGUAAUAAAACAUGUGAGUAGAAACAGAGGAUCUGAAAAAAAAAAGAAAACGCCAUGAAUUUCUUAACAGACACCAGUCAAUCCAAUAAUAUGAGAAUAAUCCUCUGCAAAUCUUAAUUAGGGUAUCAAUCAAACCUCUGCAAAGCAAUGCGUCAAUCCAAGCUUCUCAAAACUAUAAAUUUCUUCUCAGAAAAUGGUCCGCGAACCAUAAGAUUCCCCUGUGAAUAUCUCAAUUAAGGUUUCUCAAGCCUCCACACAAUAUGAAUUUUUUAUCAGAAACUGUUUCAGGGUCCAUAGGAAUGACUUCCAAAUCUCAAUUACGGUUUGGGAACCCUAUCUCUGCGCUGUUCUUCAAUCCCUUGAUGGAAACUAUAGCUCAGUUAAGGUUUCGAAGGAGCAUAAUGGAGAGGAGGGGUGCUCCAAGAUGUGUUUUGACGACUGGCAAUGCGAUUGCAGUUGCUUCUGGCUCAGCUCACUCGGCUGUGGCGUCAGCACUUGCUCAUGUUGCAGUCACAGCUGUUGCCAUAGCAUCAGGGGCCUGUCUUUCAACCAAAGUUGAUUUCUUGUGGCCGAGAGUUGAGGAGAAACCAGAUUCUCUUGUAUUGGAUGGAGUGGAUGUCACGGGGUAUCUGAUCUUUAAUGAUGCUAAGGUACAAAAGGCUAUUGCUUUUGCAAGGAAGGCACAUCAUGGUCAAAUGAGGAAGACGGGAGAGCCUUAUCUGACUCAUUGUAUACAUACUGGAAAAAUUUUAGCAGCUUUGGUUCCAGCAAGCGGAGAUAGAGCUGUGAAUACAGUUGUGGCGGGGAUUCUCCAUGAUGUCAUAGAUGAUGCAGGAGAAAACAUUAGGAAUGUAGAAGAAGAAUUUGGUGAUGAUAUUGCUAAGCUAGUUGCUGGUGUUUCAAGAUUAAGUUACAUAAAUCAGUUGUUGCGAAGGCAUCGGAGGACAAAUGUAAACUGUGAUUCUUUGGGUCCUGAAGAGGCAAAUAGUCUACGGGUGAUGCUCUUGGGCAUGGUUGAUGACCUUCGUGUGGUUCUCAUCAAGCUUGCAGAUCGUUUGCAUAACAUGCGGACCAUCUAUGCUCUGCCACCUCCAAAGGCUCAGGCUGUUGCACAUGAGACUUUGGCCAUAUGGUGCUCACUUGCUUCUAGAUUGGGGGUUUGGGCUGUAAAAGCUGAGCUGGAAGAUCUUUGUUUUGCUGUCCUUAAGCCAUAUACUUUUCGCCGAAUGCAAGCAGAGCUUGCUUCCAUGUGGAGCCCCAGCAAGAGGCCAAGAAAUUUGAGGAGAAUCACACCCAAAGAUGCUUCUCUUGUGAGUGUGCAUUAUAAUAAUUUGAUUCUUGCUCCUCAAGAUCAAUCUGCUGAUUCUGAUGACAAUAUGGUAAAUAUGAAGGAUCUUUUAGAAGCUGUACUUCCAUUUGAUCUGUUGCUUGACAGAGGAAAGCGCUCUUUUUUUCUGGAUAACCUCAGAAGAUGCUCGGAUUCACCUAAAGGAAUACCAAAAAUUGUUUCUGAUACUGGAAUUGCACUUGCAUCUCUUGCUGUUUGUGAGGAGGGACUUGAGCAAGAGUUACUCAUAUCAACCUCAUAUGUUCCUGGAAUGGAAGUAACUCUAUCUAGCCGCUUAAAAAGCCUCUACAGUGUCUAUUGCAAGAUGAAGAGAAAAAGUGUUGGGAUUGAUCAAAUUUAUGAUGCCCGUGCAUUGAGGGUGGUGGUUGGUGAUAAGAAUGGAUCACUGCAUGGUGCUGCUGUUGAGUGCUGUUACAACCUUCUUAACAUUGUACACAGGCUUUGGACUCCAAUUGAUGGUGAGUUCGAUGACUAUAUUGUGAAUCCAAAGCCCAGCGGUUAUCAGUCUCUCCACACUGCUGUGCGAGGUCCUGAUAAUGCACCUUUAGAAGUACAAAUCAGAACACAGCGUAUGCAUGAGUAUGCAGAAUUUGGACUGGCCGCUCACUGGCUUUACAAGGAAACUGCGAAAAAGGUGAGAUGCACGAAUCUUAUUCCAGAUUCCCUGCCAAAUGGAUCUUCAAGUCAAUUGGAAAAUUUGGAGCGUGGAACUGUGUUUCAAGGUGAAGAAGACCUCAAGUUCAGUUCUUUGAAAGUGGGACAUCCAGUUCUUAGAGUCGAGGGUAGUCAAUUGCUCGCUGCUAUUAUUGUCAGAGUAGAUAAGGAUGGAAAAGAGUUGCUUGUGGCUGUGAGCUUUGGCCUUGGGGCUUCUGAAGCAGUGGCCGAUAGAAGAUCCAGUUCACAAAACAAGAGAUGGGAGGCAUAUGCAAAACUAUAUAAAAAGGUAUCUGAUCAAUGGUGGUUUGCACCAGGACAUGGAGACUGGUGUACAUGCUUAGAAAAGUAUGUCCUAUGUCGAGAUGGAAUAUAUCAUAAGCAAGAUCAGUUCCAACGCUCACUACCAACCUUCAUUCAGAUCAUUGAAUUUACUGCCCAAGAGGAAGCUGAGUAUUGGAAAGUUGUCUCUGAUGUUUUUGAAGGAAAACAAAUCUCUUCUGCGCCAUGUGAUUCAAACUACUCUGAGAAGCUCAGCAAAGUGUCUCCUGCUGCACCCCUAGAGGCUAGCAUAAAUAACAAGGUGCAUCUGUUAAGAACUAUGCUCCAGUGGGAGGAGGAAUUGCGCCAUGAAGUGGGUUUCGAAGUUGCAAAGCGGGUCCAAUACCCCAACGCACAAUCCAACUCUAUAGUGCUCGGUGAGGUGGCCAUCGUGUGCUGGCCCCAUGGGGAAAUCAUGCGAAUGAGAUCAGGGAGCACUGCUGCGGAUGCUGCAAGAAGGGUAGGAAGAGAGGGAAAAUUUGUGCUUGUUAAUGGCCAACUAGCUCUCCCUCAUACUGAGCUAAAAGAUGGUGAUAUAGUGGAAGUUAGAAUGUAGCUUCAACCUUGAUUCUUCUGCGAAUUAGGGCUAAAUGAGCUCCAAUAAAGAAAAGUGCAAGAAAUGUUAAUUGAUCGAGAAGGGGGUCCUCUCUUUAUGUAAGUAGCAGUUUAAGAAAUGGGUCGUGGCUAAUCUGACAGGAAGAAGAUCCAUGUAUACAUUUUCUAGUGUAUUCUUUACGGCAUUGUUAUUCUGUAAGCUUCUUCCCCAUGUAAAUACAAUGAAAUAAUUAUAAGGUUGGUUUGAGAGAGGGGCUAUCUGUUACUCUCUCCAUUUGCCAAUGACCAGUAACACUGAGUUUUGGCAUUUUAGUAUCUUCCAUGUAUACAUUGUACAGUAUAUUCUUGAUGUAAUCUUUCUUUCCCCAUUGGACAAAUAACAAUUGAUGCGAGACUAUGCACUAUUUGUAGCUAUUUGUGUAAA